UCUGACGUGGCAGCAGCGCCCGAAAGAAGCCGCUACGGAGCUGGAGGGAUCCGACCGCGCGCCCUCCUUGGCCGGCCCGAUGGCGCGGCUGCGAUGCUCGGUCCUCCUGAUGCCGCUGCUGCUGCUGCUCCUCCUGUCGGGGCCGCUGAGCGCCUCUGAAGUCGAUCGGAGCCGCCCGGAGGGACUGGCGCGGGGCAAAGUGGAGACUUGCGGAGGAUGACGAUUGAACCGCUUAAAAGAGGUGAAGGCCUUCAUCACUGAGGAUCUCCCUCUCUACCAUAACCUUGUGAUGAAGCACCUCCCAGGAGCCGACCCUGAACUCGUGCUGCUGAACAUCAAAUAUGAAGAGUUGAAGAGAAUUCCAUUGAGUGACAUGACCCGGGAAGAGAUCAACCAGCUUGUGCAAGACUUGGGCUUCUACCGGAAGGAGGAACCUGACUCUCUAGUACCUGAGGAGUUUCAGCUUGCCCCUGCCCAGUCCCUGCCCACCUCGGAGGAAGCCAAGGAAGACCCCAUGACAAAGAGAAAGGGUGGUGCCGAAGACCUCUAGAUCCGCUGCUUACGAAAACUUCAGGGAUGAAUGUCGGCAUUGGCAAGACUUAGAAGAGUGUUGGUGUUCCAGACUUGCACAUAUAUAGAUGAACCAGUGUUCAUGCACCAGGAAGCUGUUGUGGCAUCUGCAGGAGCUGUGUGCCUGCUGACUCCAGGGGAACGCAGAAAGGCUGAAGCAAGUGAGAUUGACUGCAGAAUUCAAGCAUCUAGCCCUGUUUAGUUACAUGGCACACUGCUGACACCUGCUGAAUUUUCAGCAGCUACCUGUUCCUCAGUGAGGUUCCCAACAUUUAGAGCAUUCGCUCUUGGCCCUUUCCUACAAACAAUAAGAAUGUGAGAGUGCACAGUUGUAUAAUUCAUACAGUUCACACAAUGUGGCUUUUCUUCCAAUGCAGAAUGUGGAUCUUUGGUGUGGGGGUGUACAGUACACACAGUCGUGGCUUGCAGCCUGUUGUCUAGUCUUGAGAAAAUGCAUCCAAGCUGUCUGGAAAAGCAGUGCCUCCGUUCUAGCAUAAGGAUGUCCUGCUGCUGCCCCUGAAGGCAAGCCAAACCUUUACAAGCAAAUCAACCCCGUUUCUCUUCCUGCGAAUGAUGCUGAGGCUGGCAGUCUGUCAACCUUCCCAAGACUGCAGUUCUGUCACUCUGGCUUCCUUCAGUUGUCAUUGCAAUGCGUGGACCAUCUUUACUUCCUGGUGCUGAAAAUGAGCUGCUAUUUUGGGUUUUUUCCUCUCUGCAGCAAUGCAUUUCUCUGCAGCAAUGCCCUGUCUGUAUGGGACAGAAUGAAGCCCUCUGCUAAAAGUUCUUGGUGCUGAGGGUGGAUAGAAAACGUCCCAUUAGCUUCCAGAGCAUGGCAUGCUGGGAAAUGUGCACACACUUAAAGGGGGGGGGACUUUAUCAGGUGUGCCUAAAAACAGUAAAACCUCCUUCAUCCUC